AUGGAUGAUAGGCUGUGGCGUCUCCUUGAAGAUAGUGGGUGCAUCUGUGUGAGUGAGCUUCGAGUUCAUUUUGCAACCCCUUGGCACCUGGCUUGUUCAGUGGAUAGCUUGGAGGAUGCGACUGUCCUGGCUGAACAGGUUAUGCCCAAGGCUCUAUCUGCUGAGCACAAGAGGAUUGGUGGGCAUGUUUGGAAGUGGAUUUCAGAUAACACCGAUCUCUUGAGUCGGGUGCAAGCCCGGCUACGUUCCAAGGCUACGAGAAUCGAAGCAUCUGCUGGUAGUAAGGUCUCUCCUGGGGAGGUCUUCGAUCAACUCAUGAGCGGGAGCCUCGAACUCUGCAAGCAGACUAGUCGUGCUCAUUCGAGGUGGAUCUCAGGCGGAGCCGGGACUCCGGUUGAGGCGGAGAAGGCUGCAAAGAAGUUCUGGGGCACCGUCUUGGUGCAGAUUAUGGUAGAGGCCCGGCUUCCCAUCGUUGAGAUUCCAGUUGAAAGUGAGGAACAGCGGGUCAUGUAUGCUCUCCGUGCGCUGGGUGCCCGGCGCUCUAAGACUUUGAGGAACCGGGCGAGGACCUGGCGCAAGGCUCGCGAUUGGAUGCAGUCCGUUAAGGGUUAUGUUUUCCCGCGCUCUCCUGCGGAUGUGGUGGAUUACCUUAUCUUCCUGGAGCAGGAGUCUGGCACCAAGAGUUGCAUCACCGAGUUUAUGAGUGCUCUAUCUGUCUUGGAGGAUGCAGGACUCGGGCAGCAGGACCGUACCUUCUUGGUUUUCCAGUCUUCUGCUGAUUUCGAGGAACCCUUUUUCAAGUUCGCCAAGCCGGAAGUCAUCAGCAAUUAUAUGCGUUUGAUUUGGCGCCAACUGAAGGUUCCUUUCAAGAAGCUAGGGGAACCGGCCUGGAAACCGCGCACCGAAAGGGAUCUGCUGGGGACUGAGUGCUAUCUCUUUUGGUCUGGUCACAGCAUGCGCCAUGUGUUACCGACGAUUGCAGCGGUCUUUGGGGUUCCGAAGGAGCAACGUGAUUACCUGGGUCGUUGGCAUGUGGGUUUGCACCAAAGCUCUGACUAUAUUCAUACCUGCCGCCAGAUUGUUCACGACAUUCAGCGUCGAGUGUGUGAUAAGUUGUCUGGUGGCAAGCCUGGGUAUGAUGAGGAAGAGCUGUUUGAGGAUUUCGGGGCUUGGUUGCGCGAACGAGGCCUCGAUCCCGAGCCCUGGGUAAAGCGUCAUGCCAUUUUGCGAACGGUGAAUGGCUGCAAGGUACUCAAUCAGACGUGGCCGUUGCUGAGGGAGUUCGCGGACCGGCCAGACGAUUCUGUCCCGGCCCCACCUGCUUCGAAUACGAGUCAGGACGAGAAAGAAUCGCCCUUUUGGAUUAGCAUCAGCAGGUUCGCUGAAGUUUGGGAGGUCGAUGCCUCAGUCGCUGAUAGCUUUUGCAAGCUUUGUUACAAGAACAAAGAGGGCUCGUCGUCGAGCUCGGGGGAGUCUUCCUCCACAGAUCUGGGUGAGCGCAGUCAGCAUUCACAUGCCUUUCAGCUCCCCAGUGGGGUGUCAGCUCUCAUUGCAAAGAUCAUGGACCCGGCAGCUCAGCGCCGGUACCUGAAGCAUAAUGUUGAUGCAGACUUCGUUUUUCUGCUUGAGGAGCAUGGCGUGGAGCUUGCUUUGCAGUAUGCCAUAGGACAGCAUUACAAGAGCAUUCGCACCUUCGCUGCUUUCACGGAUGACAGAGCGGGGGCACGCACGGCCAUUACGGCCGACUUCGGGGUCAGGCCUGACAGUGCUGCUGAUCGUGCAAAGAUUGCUACUGUCAUCACUGCUUGGGAAGCCUCGAAGCUGAUUCGUGAAGAAGAGGCCAAGGCGGCCAUGCGCAUCGCCUUGGAAACUGUUCGAGGCUACUCUGUUCCAGAAUCUGAAGAGCCUGCGCCUGAGUAUUUGGCACACAAAUUAGAGCAGAUUGAGAAUGGGGAGCCCACCGCGAGUUACCUGGAUGAGGUCAUUUCUCGUAAGGAGUCAAACUCUUUGCAACUGCAAACUUCUUUAGAUAAUCAGGGCCGUCUUCGUGUGAUGCGUCAGAAGCCGAAGGGGCGGCUGCCACAGAACACAGAGGAGCUCCGGGGGAAGCUUCGCUUGGAGGCUGCGACAUGGGUCAUGCUUUCGGCUAAAUGCCGGGGGCGUGCUUAUCUUCAGGAUGUGCAGCUUGCUCAUUUUGAUCGUUACCUGGAGGUUCUUCUUGGUGAUAAAUGCUACAGCAUGCAAGUGGCGACCUCGGCCCCUACCAGUUCUGCUGCUCACGCUGAACGGCAGGCGCUGAAUGUUCCGUGGAAUGUUUUGCUGCAGUACGAAUUUGAACUUCGCAAGUGGGCCAUCAAGGAGGCGCAUCGCGAGGGGGUUUCUCUUGGGGACAAGCUAUAUGAUGCUACCAGGAAUACGGAGCUCAAAGAGCUCCACUUCACCAGUCAGAUUGCUCUCGCCAAAAGAUCUGCUGCGGUUGAUCCCCCUCCUCCCAACAAGUGGCAGCGAAAGGGCAAGGGCGAUAAAGGCGACAAAGGUGGCAAGGACGGCAAGGGAAAUCCCAAGGGGAAGACAGAUGGCAAAAUCAAGAUCGGGGAGGCCUGGUUCGACUUGGUCUCCAAGACUCCGGAUGGUCGUGAACUUUGCUAUGCUUUUAACAUUAAGGCUGCCAGGGCAGUCAUCCGGCGUAUCAGCAUGGUGCACAUGGUGGGUCCUGACUUCGGUCCUUCACGCAAGUCUGAUGUGCGGCACUCCUUAGGCGAGCUCUGCAAGGAACGCGAUAUCACCCUGGAGAUGUUCGAAGUGGACAUUUGCCGGGAUCCGAGCAUGGAUCUUUUGGACUCUUCAGUCGCCGAACGGUGUCUGCGAGAGAUUGAAAACUCAGAGUGGGAUGUAGUCUUGGUGACCCCUCCUUGCAGUACCUUUUCACGCGCGCGCUGCGUGCAGCCUGGACCUCGGCCUCUGAGAUCGCGUCUUUACCCACUGGGUUUUCCAUGGUUAUCUGAUGCACAUCGUACAGUGGUCGAGCAGGGCAAUGAGUUUGUUUCUUUUUCAUUCCGCAUCUGCACAGCCGCACUUUCGAAUUCAAUUCCUUUCUUGCUGGAACAUCCAGAAGACCUGGGGACAACGUCUGCCGGGCACACGCCCGCCUCCAUCUGGCAGCUCCCGGAGGCCUUGGCUCUUUUCACGCAUGAGUCUGUGGUGACCUUUUCAGUGUAUCAAUGUCAGUACGGAGCCGCCUCGCCGAAGCCAACACGUUUUCUCUCGUCCAUACGCUCACUUUUUGGCAUGUCACAUGUGGGUCCGCCGCGAUUUGAUGCAACUGGCCGCUACCUCGGCCCGCUUCCCCGCUAUUGUGGACAUCGCCACAAGGAACGAUUGCUUGGCUCGGCAUCAACCGCGGCUUCGGCCGCCUACCCUGCAGGACUCUGCGCAGAAAUGGCGACCUGGAUCUUCUCCGUCUUCGAUGGGGGGGGUCCUUUUCGGUUUCCCCCGCGCAACACCCUGCUGAACUGCUCGCUUGCGAUUGCCUUAAGAAAGGUCAGGCGCAACGUGGAUGCUUUUCCCUUCGUUACAGAGCUCUUGGCGAGGUUGGUGGCCCACAACUUUCCAGGACGGGUAUUCUCUUCGACUGCUCUCUUCAGGGACCUAAAGCAACCAUUGCACAAAGACACCACAAAUGGGCACUACGACAAUCUGCUACUUUCUUGUUCGGAUUUCAGCGGUGGUGGCCUUUGGGUUCAAUCGAGCAAUGGUGACACGGAACGAGACGUCAAUGGGACCUCGAUGCCUGGAAAGAUUCUUGCCUGGGAGGACCGCAAAAUUAUCUUUGACCCCCAUGGUUGGCACUCGACUGAGGACUGGAGCGGCUGUAGGCUGGUUCUGGCGGCCUAUACCAUUGGCAACGAUGGGCUGCUAUCUCAGUGCGAUCGAGAGAGACUUUCGGGCUUGGGAUUCUUUCUGCCGGGGCAAGGAAAGCGGGGUCCUCCUUCUUCAGAAGAAAACCAGGAUGACGACGCGGCGACACCGCACGUGGAACCUGCGCAGUUGGACCCGGCUCACUCCGGGGGAUCGGCUGCGGACUCGACUGCGGGGGAUCUGGCGUUCAGUGAGUUGGAGUCCGGAUGUGAGGGCCCACCGAUGGUUGGCGACUUCGCAGGUGCUACAGAUGAGUUCGUAGAUGGAUUCGGAUCUGAUGAUGCUUCUCACGAGCUUGCAGCUGUCGAGUCCCCUACGCGUUGUGCAGAAGCUACUGUGUUUGGCCUGUCGCUGCGAGAAUCCCUGUUGGUCAGUUCGAUCCCGGGGAUGGAAGAGCGACUCACUCAGGCUCUUUCUGAAUCAGCAGCGCUUCAGCACAGCAUGCUUCUUGUUCGAGAUGCGGUGGCAGAACUGCAGGGAGAAACCGUCGCUCUCCGGAGCGAUGUACGCGAGGUGCGUCAACGUGUGCAGCUCCUGGAAAGCAGGAUGGAUAAUGUGGAGGACCACAACGGCAAGAUGCUUCAGCUGCUCAAAGGCCAAGCUGAAGCCCUGGAUGCUCAGACUACCAGGCUGUCUCUUGCUAGUGAGGCUGUAGC